CAUGCUCUGAAUGACGCGUUGUUACUCGGAAUUCUAAAGCAGGAUAGCAAAUUGUCGUUGGUCACCGGCAGAAAUACUUGAUACUUCUGAUAAUUGACAGUUGUGGGUGGCUUUAGUUAUGAAAUAACAUAUCGUCUGUUUUCUUAAUCACCUCAACUGUUUACAUUUUUUUUUUUAACAUUUGAAACAUGUUUGGAUCUACUGUGUAUCCACAAGUAUCUGAAUAUAGUGAGAGAAGAACUUCUAUUCGAAAUUCUAAAGGAUUCUCUUACUUAACACCAUGCCCUUCUAUAAUCCAUCCCUGGAAUCGUGGGACCAAUCUGCUUCAAGACUUUGUAAUGGUCACUGAAUUCUCAGAACUUGAAGGACCCAAACCAUUAUUUGUCCAGCCAUCUGAAGGGAUUGGUCAUUUUGAUAUCAAUGCCUUUGCAGUAAAAAUCAUGUCUGUUGAUCACCAGCCACCAAAAAAUAUUUUAUGCAAUAACUUCACAUUAAUGGAAGAUAAACAAGUUCUCUUUACUGAUAUAGCAGAAGGAGUUUCGGCAUAUGUCUACCAUUUUCUUUUAUAUGAUUUACAAGCCCGCGGUUAUGUUAGACCAUUUUGUAUGGCAUAUGUCUCACCUGACUCCAAGAAACUGAUAACAUUUUAUAAAGAAAUCCAUAAAGCUUUUUCUAAAAUUUCUAGUGAUUUGAAGAUAGAAAAUUUGAAAUUGUUUGCUCUGGAAAUGAGUCAUCAGCUGCAGGAUCUCGAAUAUAGUUUGAACUGCUUGAAUCAAAAGUCAGAUGGUUGUUCUGUUAUUACGAAUGAUAACACUGCCUCUGCAUCAGAUACACCAACAGUCACUGUGCAAAGUCUUGAAUAUCUUAGACAAGAAACUUUAAACAUUUUGGAAGCCUUAGAAGAAUAUAAGCCUGAAUUAUUUAAUGAUUACGCAGCAUACAGAACUAAAGCUAAUGUGAAAUAUAAUCCAACAUGUAAAGAUAGCAGCCAUACAGAUGAUAGUCGAGAAGAUGGACCAGUAGCUUUAGCAGUUCAGUCAACUAUUGACAGUGAUCAGUUAGCAAAUCAUCAUAAUGUUAAUCAUGAUGGUGUUGGUGAUGAUAAAAGCUGUAAUGACUCAAAUAUCAACAAAAAUAAUAAAAUAUCUAAAGAUGUUUCAACUAAUGUUGAACAUGACAAACAUAUCCCCAAUAACUUAACAUCAAGUCAUCAAUUUCAUCGGGGUCGUAUGAAAUCAAAACAUAAAGACCCUCCUAUUGAUGAACAGUAUGUUGUAGUAAACAAUGUUGACAGGUCAUUUUCCUGUUCUGAUAUUUCCUCAUGUGAACAUUUAUCAAAGGAAGCUAGCAACAGAUCAGAGAGCUCAAGCCAAUCAUCGGAAUCCGUCGUACCAUGUUCCAGUGAAUCGGAAUUUUCAUUUGCGUCUUCAAGUUCUUUCCAGCAGGAUAAUUCUUCUCAUGAAGACUCUUCUUCAGUUAUAUUGGACCGCAAAUCUGACAAAACCAGUCACCUAUUUUUGAUUGAUUACCCUUCAAACUACAAGCCUAAAUUAUAUAAGCCCCCCAGUCGAAAACGGUUUGAAUUCAUGCUGCGUAAAUUAGAAUUGAUGUGCCUCAAUAGAUAUGAUCAUUGGAAGCAGUUAGAAUCAAUACACCAGUAUUAUAGCCAAGACUUAGCCAUCUUGAAAAUGCAUCAAUGGGAAAAAAAUCUAACUGAACCAACUUCAUCUUUACUAACAUUUGGUGGAUGUGUUACAAGCAACUUCCUUCAUGGAAUGCACCGGUGUUACUGUGAGAAAGAACGUGGAAUGCCCAAACAUCAACUAAUAUCAAAUCAAAUGAAAAAAUUAUCAUUUUCUGAAGAUCAACCUGCCCAAUUCAAUUAUGGUCAAGAUAUUCUUACCAGCUUCAUGCAGUACACUCUUGAAAACUUUGUGUUUUUUAUCAAACAGUUAAUUAUAACCAUUCCGAAGGAAGUUGUGAGCAGAGUUUCCAGUUUGCCAGACCGAUAUCACUUUCCCCAAGGAUGCACAAAUGUAGCACAUCCUACAUCAUUACCAAUUUCAUCACAACCAAGUGAGGAAUGGGACAUCAUUACAUCUACCUCCGAAGGAGACCAUGAUAUUUCUAUAGAAACUAGUUACGAAAGUACUUCGCUUUAUUCAACAUGCAGUGAACAUUCUGAUGAUAUGUUAUGUGCCCUUUGUCAGCAACCUAAUAAAGAUGCUUCAACUUAUGAUGGUUCUCUAGGAUCACUUGAUGGCAGUGAUGAAAGCUUUCAUUCAACUUCUAGUGUCCAGUCAUUUCCUUGUGGUAAUACAAGGUUAAAUUCCAGUAAAAAGUCAUUCAUGUUACUGGCUGAUGUUAUAAAUUCGAAAAAGCAUCUUUUACAAGCUAAGAAUUUAAUGUAUUUUCUUAGUCAGUAUGACAAUAUCAAUAAUGUGGUGGCAAGUCUUCUGUCAGGUCGUACAGUUGCUGUGGUGGGAUCAUGUAAUAGUGAGGAGAAGGUUAAAGAUAUUGUCGAAGCACUCUCUCUCUUUGUUCCUGGGAACUUUAUCAGAAAUCACAAGAAAGUGGUCAUACCAUGGUUGAAAAGACAGCUACAGUUGAAAGAUUUAACUAGUUUUCGGCUAGUUGGUCUUUCAAAACGAAAAAAUAACACGAUACCCCGUUCUAUCAUGAACUAUGUUAGUAUUUUGGACUUAGAAAAACGAGUAGUAUGUGCACCUAUUUAUGAGGGUAAAAUAGUGAAUUCUUUGCUACGACAAUUACAACUUUUCCAGAACAAUCCUGCAGCUUAUCUUGCCUACAUACACAGUCAUUUCCAAGAAAUCUCUUCAACUGCCUUUCUCUAUUAUCAUUCCUUCUGCAUGACUUCUGCAAAUCCAAAGGCUUCUGCCAGCUACAUUGGCCUUGACAGAUUAGCAAGAGAGUUUCGAGACACAUCGCAACAGUUUCUAAAAACUUGGAAUAUUGUUCAAGACGAUCGAAAAAUUAUUGAGUUUCUUGCCAGUUUAAUUUUGAAACAGGUUCUAGAGGAAGCACAGGAAAAGGGAGCUUGGAUAGGAAAUAGAGAAGGUUCCAAUUGCUCAUUCCAUGUCUCCUACAAACCAAGCUGUACACGGAAAUGCUGACAACACAUAUGGACUUAAGCUUUUAUAAUACAAUGUAUAGAAGUCUUUUCUCCCUAGCUGCUUUGAUUGGAUUAAUGCAGUUAUUUAACACAUGUAAAAAGCAAAACAAAAAAUAAAUAUUAAAAAGAA